AUGAUUGGUGAUAAUAAUUCAAUAAUAAAAGAAGAUGAAAUCAAUGAUUUGUCAAUAACAAAAAUGAAUAAUGAAAAACCUCAUGAAGAUUUAUUUAAAUCAUCUAAUAAACGAAAACAAAUUAAACCCAAUCGAGUUACGAAUGAUGAUGAAGGCAUUCCGACAGAUUUGACCAAUGGUCAAUCACCUUUAUCAGAUAAUAAUAAUUCUGACCAACAUUCUCCUAGCAAAGCUUUUUGUAAUUUAUGUGAACGUUCAUUUUGUAAUAAAUAUUUUUUAAAAACACAUUUUGCUAAAAAACAUGGAGCUCUUAAUAUGAUUUCUCCAUCAUCAUCAUCAACAACAGAAAUCAAUACUACCACCAAUCAAUCUUUAUCGCCUUCACCAUCAUCACCACCACCACCACCUCCAACAAUUCAAUCAAUUGAUCAACAAUCAUAUCAAAAAAUUAGUGAAGAUUAUUGCGAAAUUUGUCAAAAACGUUUUUGUAAUAAAUAUUAUCUUCGUAAACACAAGGGUGAAUGUCAUGGUGUCUAUACAGAUUAUAUAAAAUCAUUACAAAAAAGUGCUAAUGAAAGCCCGGUCAAAAAUAAUACUAGUCGACCUACGCAAGUUUCAUCAAAUAUGCUUCUAAUAAAUCCAUUUUAUCUUCCAACAACAACAACAGAUGUUAAACCACUUUUCCUAGGAAAUAAUAAUAAUAAUAAUGGAAGUGUAUCACCAUCAUCACCAGUGCCAUCCAUAACACCGUCGUUAAAUGUUUUUACUCAACGAACGAUUCGUCGUUGUAAUGUAUGUCAACAAGAAUUUCGUAAUAAAGCUCUUUUACGUAUGCAUAUGAAUACAUUUCAUCCAAAUGAAAUAAAUAAAAAAAAUUUAAAUCAUAAACCAAUUAUAAAACAACAACCACCACCAACAUUUCCAAUUUCACCAUCAAAUACUAAUUUAGGAUUUUUACAACCCUACGUUGAUACAACUAGUCCACUUGCACAUAAACUUGUUGCUGGUCAAGCACCACAAGCAUCCUAUGGAAUUCUUCAUGAUUCAUAUUUUUGUGCUAAAAUGGCUGAUCGAGUUGUUUGUGAAAUAUGUAAUAAACAAGUUUGUAAUAAAUAUUUUCUUAAAACACAUAAAGCUAAAGUACAUGGAAUAAUUAACGGUACAAAUCAUAUUUUAAAUGGAAAUACAGAUAAUACACCACCAACUAUGGUACCAUCGAAUACUCUUCAUCAAUCAGCAUUAACAGAUGUGAUUAAAUCACCAUUAGCAGAUAAUCCUCAAGAUGAACAAAUCGAUAAUGAUACUGAUAAUCCAAUAUCGGAAUCGAAUGAUAAUAAUGAGAAUACGGAUACAUAUUGUUCUAUAUGUAAAAAAGAUUUUUCAACAAAAUAUUUAUAUUUAUUUCAUAUGCAAACAUUACAUAAUGAUACAUCUGAUUUAACAUAUCAAACUCUAAUACAAUUUAUGAAAGCAGCUAGUGCUAUGAAUGAAAAUUCAAUACCAAAUCCAUUUUUAUCUUUAGCAGCGGCUGCUGGAAAUCAUAUUGAACAACAACACGAACAGGAGCAAGAACAAGAGAGUGAAGAUGAAUCAGAUGGAAAUAUUGAACAAUUAAAACGUAAACGAAGUUUAAGUCAAUCAUCGACAGAUACAAAUAAACGUAGAAAUUCUCUAUCAGAAACUAAUGGUGGUUUACAACCAUUUUUACUCGAAAGUGAAGAUCCAAAAUUUGCACAUACAUUUGUUCCAUGUAUGGUUUAUUUACCUGUUAUACGACGAGUGACAAAACAAGUCAAAAUUAAUUUACGAUUAAAACCUGUUUUAUCUGACGCUUCAUCUUAA